AUGGCGGCCGGCGGCGGCCGAUGCGUGUGGAGAGUUGUGGCCCCGCACUGCCGCUGGGCUUUGGCCGGGCUCCGCCUGCCCCUCGCCGCCGCCUCGCCUCGCCCCCCGCAGCCCGUCUGCUGCUACGCUGCGGCCGCCAAAAAUGCAAAAAGAGGUUCGCAAAAGGCCAAGCAGGAAGAAACAAAAAAGAAAAAAGGAAUUAUCAGGCGGCCUCUGAUGAGCAAGCCAGUGGAUGACGUGUACCUGACAUGGCUUUACAAGCGGCCAUCCUAUAAUGUAGAAGAGGCUGUCAGUAUGCUAAAGAAAUUUCAGGAACUAGACUUCACACACCCAAAACAGUAUGUGUAUAUUAAUGUGUUCCUAGAUAUGGCGCUGCAGAAGAAGAAAAAAGUAGAUCCGUUUGCAAGCACUGUUCUUCUUCCGUAUCGCUUUACAGACGAAGUGAAUAAGGUCCUGGUUUUCACAGAGAACGAGCAAGAAGCCGAAAUAGCUCGAGAGAAUGGAGCUGCUGUUGUAGGAGGAGUUGAAUUAAUCAAAUGGAUUUUGGAAGAUGAAAUCCAAGUGGACUCCUAUGUAGCUGUUCCUGCAAUAAUGCCUAAACUAAUACCGUUAAGAGGCAAGCUAAGACGAAAAUACCCCAGCACAAAAAGAAAUUCCCUGGGCCAUGAUAUCCCCAAAAUGCUACAGCUCUUUAGAGAAGGUCUAGAGUACACGGUAGAAGACGAGCGUGUAAUCAAGACAAGAAUAGCAAGACUGGAUAUGCCUACUGAGCAGAUAGUUGCCAAUCUAAAAACAAUUUUAGAGGAUAUCUGCAAAUUCAAGCCAUCAAGUUCUGGUCCCUUUAUGCGGAAGUUGGUUAUUAGAUCUUCAACCAGUGAAGGCUUGCUAUUGAACCUUGAUGGACUUCUUCCUGAGGUAGAGAAAGUAGAAGAAAAAGAAGAAGAAGAAGCACUGGAAGAAGAAGAUGAAGAAAAACCUGUUCAAGAAUCUGUUAGUACCUGAUGCCUUUCCUUGUAGAUCUGAUGAUCAGGCUUGGAAAGCAAAUGGUGGAUUUCAAAUCAUAUUCUGUGAAAAGGAAAAAUAAAUACACAAAUUUCAUUUUUAAAUUCUGUGUAAAAAGUAACUAUGUCACAAACAGGAGUCUGUUGUCAAAACUGAAGACACUAAGUUUCUUCUUUUGGUAGCUGACAGCUCCCUAAUUUGUGUGUGUUGGUUUGUUUUUUCUUUGCACAUAAUAGUUCUUAGUCUAAUAAAUGUAGUGUUACAAGUUUGAUGUACUGCCAUCCAAUUUCCACAGCUGCAGCUGAAAGGCCAGCAUGUGUUAUAUCCAUAAUGCUGGGUUUUCCACUCUGUUGAAAUUGCAAAAUUGUUAAAUGCCUUUGUCUGUUAGACCCAACCUCACACAGAGAAGCUAAUGCAGUUACUUCUGGAAAGCUGCUGUAUAACUUGCCAAGAGAAAAGAUUUUAAUUUACUGUCCUGUUUUCUGCAAAAUCAGAGGUGGGUUUGCUUUUGAGUUAGUGGGAGCCACGUCUGCAUGAUGCUUGUGGUAUCCCACUUCGUUUUCAUUUAAUCUACGUACACAGAGGUGUGAUGUAUGGGAUUUCUGUUCCACUUGGCACUCUGAAACUGCUGAGUGCGGGAUUGUCUUUGUGACAAAC